AUGGACAACACAAGAACUCCGCAGAACACACCCGCUACCAAUGCGCCCAUUUCCUCGAAGGCACAGGCGCCCGGCGUCUCCAGCAUCAAGGAAGAGGACCUUGACCGUGCUGCCGCUGCGUCAAUUUUCGCCCAAAAUCCACGACUGGUGUCUUUGAUGCAAAAUAAGCUGUCCAGCUUGGUCGGACAGUCGUCAGGCUACGUUGAGUCGUUACCUGCUCCCGUCCGUCGCCGAGUAGCAGGUCUCAAGGGCAUUCAGAAAGAGCACUCCAAGCUCGAGGCGGAAUUCCAAGAGGAGGUUCUUGCGCUAGAGAAGCGCUUCUUCGCAAAAUUUACACCACUGUACGAGAAGCGUUCCCAGAUCGUCAACGGCAAGACUGAGCCUACGGACGCCGAUGUCGAGGCAGGAGAGGCCGACGAGGAGGAAGAUGAGGAAGCCGAGGCAGCCAAAGCAGAGGCUGACAAGAACGCCGGAGAUGCAGCCGAUCUGAAGGGUAUUCCAGAGUUCUGGCUGAGCGCCAUGAAGAACUCGUCACUUGCAGAAACCAUCACCGAUCGCGACGAGGGUGCUCUCAAGUCACUGAUUGAUGUCCGCAUGGAGUACCUCGACCGCCCAGGAUUCCGCUUGAUCUUCGAGUUUGCCGAGAACGAAUUCUUUGAGAACAAGGUUCUUACCAAGACUUACUUCUACCAAGAAGAGAACGGCUACGGUGGCGAUUUCAUCUAUGAUCACGCUGAAGGUGACGCUAUCACCUGGAAGAGUGGUCAGGACCUCACAGUCAAGGUCGAGAGCAAGCGACAACGCAACAAGAACACAAAGCAGACCCGUAUCGUCAAGAAGACCAUCCCCACCCCCUCAUUCUUCGACUUUUUUAACCCGGCCACCCCACCAACUGAGGAAGACGACGAGGACAUCGACGACGAGCUUGAGGCCAAACUUGAGUUGGACUACCAGCUAGGAGAGGAUAUCAAGGAGAAGCUUAUCCCCCGAGCCAUCGACUGGUUCACCGGUGAGGCCCUGCAGUUCGAGCAUGGCCUUGAUGACUUCGAUGAGGACGACUUCGAGGAUGAUGACGAUGAUGAAGAAGAUGAGCGGGAUGAUGACGACGAGGACGAGGAAGAUGACGAGGAGGAUGCCGGACCCAAGAAGGAUGCGGCCGAGUGCAAGCAGAGUUAA